AUGGGGGACGUCGCUAUCGAUCAGGGCGCCUUUGGCAAGCGUCUCAAGCUUCUGUACGAGUCAUGGAAGGGCAACCGUAGCUCGCUCUGGGAGGACUCUGGCGCCCUGGGAGUCGUGGUGGGAAGCACCAGCGAGGAUUUGAGGUACCUGAAGUCCAUCUCCCUGCACUUAUGGCUGUUUGGCUAUGAGCUACCGGACACAGUGCUGGUGUUCACUGAGAAAGAGGUGCAUGUGCUCACAAGCCAGAAGAAGGCCAACCUGCUGCAGCCCCUGAAGGAUGCCUGCCAGUCGUCGGCGGGGGCGAGCCUGGUAAUCCAUGUGAAGGCCAAGGGGGACGACGGCGGGACCGCGAUGGGCGCCAUGCUCGACGCGGCGAAGGAGCAGGCCGGAGGCGAGCUGAAGCUGGGGCACCUGCCCAAGGACCAGCACCAGGGGGCGCUCGCGGGCCUGUGGGCGCAGAGGAUCGCGUCCGCGCCCGGCGUCGAGUGCGCGGACGUCAGCGGCGGCUUUGCGGACCUGUUUGGGUGCAAGGACGAGACUGAGGUGCUGAAUGUGAAGAAGGCGGCUUUCCUGGCUGGCAAGGCGAUUGAGCAGCUCUGGUUUGCGGCGCGGCCGAGGUGGCUUGGCGCGGGCCAGAUGGUGGUGGUGCGGCGAGGCGGCGGGCUGCGUCGUGGCGCCAGGCCAGGGCGGUGGCUGGUGAUGGGCUUUGUGGUGGAGCGCGUGGAGGAGACCAUUGACCAGGAGAAGAAGGUCAAGCACUCCAAGCUCAGCGAGAUGGUGGAGGGCGUGGUGACAGAGCCCACCAAGAUCGGGGUCAAGCUGCGCGCGGAGAACUGCGACAUCGCGUACCCGCCCGUCUUCCAGUCUGGGGGGCGCUUUGAUCUGAAGCUCAGCGCCAGCAGCGACGACACCAACCUAGCGCAGGAGGGCGUCAUCACAGUGGCCCUGGGCACGCGCUACGGGUCGUACUGCGCCAACAUCGCGCGGUAG